AUGCGGACCUUUUCCCGUCGACCAGAUGUGAGUUUGGUACAUGAUCAGCUUACCAAGAAGGUUUGGAAAUGGGUACCGUGGAAAUAUCGCAUCUCGCUCACCAGGUCUGAAGAGAUUUCUAGCAACCGAGCUCAGAAGAUGCCAAAGAUUGACCACUUGGGUUUACAUUCCUUGUUAUUUGAUGAUCCUCCUUCACUUGACGUGUCUAACAACGCCAUGGGGGUGAACUCAAUUCGUAAUAUGCUCGAGGUUCAUGAUCGAGCCAUUGCCUUGUGCCAAGGAGCUCACCUGGCUAAUCUCAAGGGCAAGAUCCAGUGGGUUACGGAAAUUCAACGUGAUGGUGGCUUCAAGCAACUCUGCAUGCGGUAUCAGGUGGGCAAGUGUCAGAAUCCCAACUGUCUCACCAUGCAUGACCAGUUCAAUGAGGAUGCCUCCGUGGAGACUCAUCCAGUACCUGAUGUGGACCCAGUUCAAGACUUUGGUCCACCUCUUGAUUCUUUUACUACGGGCCGUUUGCCCCAGACGGAGCGGGAGAACCAGGUUGGUUAUGGAGCGGCCAGCCCUUCCUGCUGCGAAUACAGUAGACUCAAACUUCGAGAUGAUGGAGGUCCUAAAGCCCUGACAUCGCCGGAGCAUUUAUCAGGUCUACCCAAUCUUACAGCUUGGGAACUGCAACGUGUUCAAGAGAGCUUUCUGGUGCUUUCUCGCUGUGUCGAAGUCCUCACCCUGGUUUUUCAAGCAGGCCUCAAAGACGACUCUGGUGCUUUCGCAAGUCGGGCGACAGCACAAUAUCCGCAGAAGCUUGCACAAUUGUUUGCAACCCUGGUGGCACCACUCUUGGACACCUCAGCACUGGAUUUACGGUGGUCUUCCCUGGAUGCCCUCAUGCCCAUCAAGCGCCUGUCGGAUUAUCCAUUUGCACAAAUCGAUGGGGGUGGAGCUUUUUCCCACCCGGACUGGAGUCAGGACCAUCGUCAAGAACACGACUGGUUCAAGAUGCUCCGUACCUCAUGGAUGAACAGGAUUAUCUCCGAGCGAUUGGACAAGAUCCUACUGGCUCAUGUAGCAUCGGGCAAUCCUUCACCGCCAUUUUCUAUGGAGAUUUUAGCUCCAUUCAAGGAAGAUCUGGAGAAUUUUUUGCUGUCUCAUGAUCUACAACCGGAUUGGUCCAUUCGACAGCAUCAACCAAUGCUUCGUAUUUUACAUUCUUUACAGAGGAUCAUGCACGACUUCGAUUUUACAUUAUUACCAUGUUUAUUAGAAGGUGUCCGGACCGGUUUUUCCACGGCGAUUCCUCCAUCAGGUAUUUUUCCGCCCAAAGAACGUGCUGAUACAGAACCCGACCCAUUAUCAGCCCACCUCUCCAACUGGCAGAGCGCCGAAGAGGAUCUACCAUUAACACGAGAACUUGUUCAGGAAGAAAUUGACAAGGGUUGGGUUUUUGCGUAUAAAGGUUCUUUGGAUGAAGCGCAACAGGAAUAUCCAGAAGGAGUUGCCAUUGGAAAAUUGGGAGUGGCUCGCUCGGAUGGACGAGCCCCCCGAUUAGUUGUGGAUUCCAGCGUCUGUGGCCUGAAUGGUCGGUGCAUCAUUCCGGAAAGGUCCACAUUACCGACUGCCAAAGAGGUAUUACGUAGCUACCCUCUACGCAACUGUCAGAGGAAUCUAAUGGGCUUCUCUUUAGAUGUUAAAGCUGCUCAUAAAAGAAUUGUUCUACAUCCGGACGAAUGUGGCCUGGUUGGCUUUUCUUUGGAGGGACAGCUUUUCUUCUAUAGAGUUACCCCAUUUGGUGCGGUUUUCUCUGCUUUUUGGUGGGCGCGAUUGGGUGGACUCAUUCUACGUAUAUUUCACCAUCUGAUCUGGUUAAGUCACGCUGGAUUUUUGUAUGUGGAUGACUUCCUAUUUUUUAUGGAAGCCAACAUGAUGCCGCUGUCAGCCACGUUGCUAUGUAUUUUCUGCCAGCUUUUGGAAAUCCCUAUCAGCUGGAAGAAGACGGCCAUGCAUUCUUCCAUUGACUAUAUUGGCUGGAAGUUCAAUUUCAAUGCAGGUAUCGUUACAAUCCCCAUUGAAAAGAUCCUCAAACUCCGAGGAUACAUCGAACAUCUCAUAUCCCAGCCACGAACGACACGUAAGUCUUUGGAAAAGCUCAUUGGUCUUGCAAUGUGGAUUACUCAAUUAUUUCCGCUCAUGCGGAUCUGGAUCCACUACUGGUAUCACGACCUAUACACCAUCCCGGCGACACAUUUCAGUAUUGAUGCUGGUACAUGGCCUCGCAUUCAUCAAUAUUUAACACCGAAUUUGACAUUUCAUACAGCACCAUUGGGCUCCGCCAUACCUAUAUCAGGUAAGUUAAUCGCAGUUCGACAUCAAGCAGUAUCCUCUCUGGCGGAUCUUACAUCAUUACAUAUCAAAACGGAGAAUAGAAUUUGGCUACGGAUUAUCAAUCCAAAUUCCUCCAAACGCAAACUUCGACCUGAUUCUCUCCGAAUUUUGAAGUUAUUUGACCAUUGGCUGAUGGGGGUUUCUCCAUCACGACCGAUGCGAGCAAAGCCAUAUUGGAAUGGCAUUGCGGCAGCAGAUGCAUGUGCAGCUGGCUCUCAUUGUCAAAUCGGAGGUUUCAUCCGCCAUCAUUCAGGAGUUCAAUUUUGGUUUUCUGAAAAAUUUUCCCAUGCUGAUUUUGACAAUUUGUCAAUUCAUUUGGACCCCAAUAUGCAAAGAAGCAUUGCAUCAUUUGAAACUCUAGCCCAAAUUGCCUUGGUAUGGUUAGUGGCUACAUCUUUUCCUGGGUUUCGCAUUCCCAUAUGUUUGAAGUCUUUGAGCGACAACACGGGAGCGGAGAGCAUGAGCAACAAGUUAUUUACGACAACUCAUCCUCUAUGUCUUUUUGUCGAGAUCCUCACGUGCCUGGCUUCGACUACAGGUAUUGAAUUGGAUGUGAGCCAUAUUCCUGGCGCUGACAACAUCAUAGCGGAUGAUUUGAGCCGAUGGGAUUUUUCUACUCCUGUUCCACAUGAUUUUCAAACAAGUGAACGGAUUCACCUUUCACUAAAUCAACUAUGUCGUUGUUCACCUCACCCUACUUUACAUCCUCCUGAUUCCAAACUCCUAUGGAAACUCCCACAUCUUCUUAAGAUGUAA